AUGCCACCGUCUCCGGCAGGAUCGCAGAAGGCGAUCGUUGCAGUCCAGGUAGUCCGGCGGACGCCCAUCCUGUACUUCCAAGCUGAAGAGAUCCUCCUCAUGGUCAGCGUUGCCGGGCCCAAGCUCGUGUCGCCAUGCUUGAAGGCCCUCGAAGGCCUCCAGCUGAGCAACUCUGAGGUACAGGCCACCGCAGUCUUUGAGGCCAACAUUGCAUUGAUCCUGCGUUUCCUUAUCGACAACGACUUGGGAGGUGGACGCUGGAUUGAGUUUGAAGCCGGGGCCUUUCUGGUGGUAAGUGAGACGUCGAGGAGUACCACUGCGCAAAUUGAGCUGGACGUACAUCUCGGACAUGGAACCAAGUUUCGCGCACUGCCUAUGGACACGGAUGCUGGAUCUUUCGUUCCGCCUCUGCGAACAGCUGCGCUUGAGCUGUCUGUCGACGUAGAAUCGCAGUUGGUGACGGGCGCUGCAUGCGUUCUGACCGUGGAGGGGCAAGCGCAGCCCGUUGCAAGGGCAGUGUGGCUCCGUGCACUGGCGACGCAGCAGGUGACUGAGGAGGCAGCAGACUCAGCGGUACUCUUUCUCUCAGAGGACGAGGAGGUUUUGUUGCAGCACCUGGGUGAGACGCUAGCCGCAAUGGAUGCCGACAUCAUUUUGACUUACGACUUGUCCGAGACCGUGCGGCGAAUGCUGGGCAAGAGAGGCAUCGCGAAAGCCGGAUCUCCACUGGCCCGGAGUCUUUGUCGAAGAUUGGGAGCGGAGGUCAAACUUACUCCAAAGAGCAACGAGGUUUCUGGCAUGACCGGGCGGUUGGGCUUCGACUUGCAAAAGCAGGUGGAGAAGGAUCAUCGCUUGGUGGACUACUCCUUAGGUGCCUUGUCUCAGCAUUUUUGCCGCAUCCCUCUGCCUGAGCUCAGCGCAGCAACACGAGCCAAAGUCCUUCGGUCCCGGCCGCGCGCCUAUGCGCAGCACCUGCUUCGGCAAGCAGAAGCAAGCGCAAACAUCUUCCAUCACCUCGCUUACCUCUACAACUUCGUGGAGAUGGCCCGAGUCACAGGCUGUCCAUUGUCCUACCUGCUUGAGCGGGGCCAGGCCAUCAAGGUGCAGUGCCAACUCCUUCGAGAAGCCAGACUUCGGGGAUUUGUACUUCCGCAGCGACCAGGCACUGGCGAAGAUACAACUUACGAGGGCGCGACUGUGCUGGAACCAGCAUGUGGUUUUUAUCGGUGUCCCAUCGCUGUGUUGGACUUCGCCUCUCUCUACCCAUCGAUCAUGAUGGCACAUAACCUCUGCUACUCCACCCUGCUUCCUCCGGGGCGUGAGAAGAAGCCCGACUGCCCAGACUUUACGGAGUCACCACCAACUGCCGGGAGCGAGCAUGCGACUUGUUUCGUCAAGGCGCAGGUCCGCAAGGGACUCCUUCCCUCCAUCCUGGAGCAUCUGCUCGCAGCGCGGAAAGCGGCCAAGGCACAGCUGGCACAGUGCGACCCGGGCGAGGCCGGAGCAACUCGCCGCAAGGUGCUCCAUGGCCGCCAGCUGGCCUUGAAAUUGUCUGCCAACUCGGUUUACGGCUUCACUGGGGCGACCAACGGUCCCCUUCCGUGCUUGGAGGUCGCUGGUGCCGUCACCGCAUACGGUCGAGAAAUGAUCCAGGCUACCAAGGCCAAGGUGGAGCAACAUUUCACGACGGGGCUGGGCUACGCCUACAAUGCAGAAGUUGUUUAUGGAGAUACGGACUCUGUAAUGGUAAAGUUUGGGCCCGAAGGCUUCGCUCUAGACGAGGCCAUCAAGGUCAGCAAGGAGGCGUCCACAGUCUGUUCUUCGAUUUUCCCUGCCCCGGUGCGAUUGGAGUUUGAAAAAGUCUAUCAACCUUUCCUUCUCAUGGCCAAGAAGCGAUAUGCUGGUAUGGCUUUUGCUUCUUCGAGCAGCUCGCCGGAGUUGGAGACGAAAGGCAUUGAGACUGUUAGACGCGAUUGGUGCGAUUUGGUACGGCACGGACUGGAAGAAACGCUAAAACGCUUGCUGGUGUCCGAUGGAUCCGACGGCUGUCAGAAGGCCAUUGCGCACGUCCGUGAUGUGUGUAAUGACCUGAGGCAGAACAAGAUCGACUUCCGAUCCUUAGUAAUCUCCAAAUCCUUGGGCAGGAACGAGUACACAGCGAAAGCCCCGCAUGCAGAGGUGGCGGAGAAGCUCAAGAAGAGAGAUGCAACCACUGCUCCACGCUUAGGAGAUCGCGUGUCCUACCUGGUUCUUGCAGGAGCGGCUAAAGCAAAAGUCUACGAAAAAGCAGAAGACCCGCUCUACGCGCUGGAAAAUGAUCUUCCGAUUGAUGCAGACUACUACUUGGAGAACCAAUUGAAACAGCCGCUUGUUCGAGUCUUUGAACUGGUGUGCGGGGAUGUGCACAAGGCAGAAAGCCUUCUGUUCGGCGGGCUUACCUCUCAGAAGGUGGUUGUGUCAACCUCGAAAGGAGGUAUGGGAAAGUUCGUGAAGCCAAGACCCAAGUGUCUAUCGUGUUCUGCCGACAUCGACCACGGCGCUGUCUGUACACUUUGCAAAGAGAAGCUGCCAGAGAUCAAGGCCCAGGCCUUGGGCCGCGUCCGGGCCCUGGCCGAGGAGCUGAGCCAGCUGCGCGCGGCCUGCGCUCGGGACUGUGCCCUGCCUUCUGGAGCGUUUCCGCAGCUGCCUGCCGACGAGCCUGUGUCAGACCAAGGCCAAGCAAGCGAACGAUGCCUCAACGAGGGCUGUCCCGUCAUAUUCAGCCGCGCUCGAGUGGCCAAGCAGCUGGGGUCCGCCAGAGAAGCCUUGCAGCGCCUGGACGUGAAAGAAGCUUGA